UAAACAUCUUUGUGAAUCUUUUGGAUCAAUAAAACUUAAAAUAUGUUUCAACUUCGUGAACAUUUAGAUUCAUAUCAUUACCAUAAGUGCAUAAUUAUACCAGAAAAAGAUGUCUUGGAUGUCGAUAUUGUCGGGACUAAUCGGAUCGCGAACUUCAGACGAUGGUGGAAUGAUCUCUUUCUACUCUCAUACGAGUGCGAUAAAUACAAGGGCUUCUACUCAAGUUCCAACGCACUAAGAAUGGAAAGAUACAGGCAGUUUCGAAAACACAAAAACUGCAUACAUCCUUUGAGUAAAUUCAGAUACUACUGGGAUUUCAUAAUACUAUACGUAUUCGUUACUAACAAAUUAAUUACACGAUUAACGUCCAAUUUUCUCUACGAUCGAUUACCAAUAUCAUUCUACUUAUUUGGGGCAUUUUUGGAACUGGUUGUCUUCGCAGGCUUGUACGUGGACAUUGUUACUGGGUACAUUGACAUAGAAAGUAGAAGAGUCGUCUUAAGUAGGAAGAAAGCUAUAUUAAAUUACUGUGAAAAAAAAUUGUUUCUCCACGUUGCGUCAGCUGUUCCUUUGCACUGGUUGAUGUUUCUUAGAUAUGGAGAGAACAUUACCUGCGGUCUGUGUAAGUGUAACAAAUUCAUCUGCGCUCUCAAGAUCAUCGAUUGCUUCAGCUUAUUCCGGGUGAUCGAGACCUCCACCUGCUGGAGCCGCAAGCGGUACUCUAAAGUACAGGAGAGUCUCUGUAAGUUUCUGAGGAUCGGAACAGUGACUUUCGCCACUCUGAUUCAGUUGACUGAACUGAGCGAUGUCUUCACUUUAUUGAUGUUUUUCUAUAAUGGUGAAGUCGAUGAGGAAUCCAUAUUGAGCUUUAGAGCGGGGUUAAAGUACGGUUGGAACGGCGUAGGAAACUUUAUGUUUUUUAUGUUUGAUAUCGGCAAAAUGCUGAAGCCAUUAACUCGAAUAACGCAGAUUAACGCAACUGUGGAGCGCUUCGUUCUAGAUAAAUUAUUCUCAUUUUUGGGAUUCAUUAUAACGUAUGUUUUUUACGCUUGGGCUAUGGUGGAGUGCUUUUCUUUCCUCACUUUUGUGAUAUCUGCAGAAAGCCAAAGAAUGACUUCGAAGCAGAAGACUAUGAAUGUAUUAGAAAGCCUUCAAGUGUCUGAUAGGUUGAGUGAGAAAGUUUCUGAUUAUUUCAAAUACAAGUCGUCAGCGCUAAGAUUGACUGAAGCUCGAAAUGGACUUUAUGUAGUGCUGCCAACAAUAUUGAAAAACGAAAUAAAUUUAAAUUGUUACUUUAAUAUUAUUCUGCGGAUCCCAUUGUUCAGUCAGUGGCCGAUACCAGUAUUAGAACAGUUGACUAUUAUGCUGAAGAGGAAAGAAUAUAUGAUCAACGAUAUGGUGACUGUAGUACUUAAAGAAACCUACAGUAUCUCACUGGACUUUUCCUUACACAACAUCCAGGCUAAAGUGUCAGGAGAGGGUCUGAUGAUAGUCCACGACGGAGUGCUGGCAGUCUACUCAAGCACCAACAAGGAGCUAGGGCACCUGAUCGACGGAGACUACUUCGGAGCCUUGUCACUAGUCACCGACAAAGAAGUUUACAUGACUUACGUGGUCGCUGUGACAAAUGCUACUAUUCUCUUUUUGGGUAAGAUGGAAUUCAGAAUGUACAUGAAGGAUCACCCACAACUGUUCUAUGGUUUUGAGAUGGAUUUGAAGAAGAGGUACAGAGAUCGCGCUCGUAAUCAAGAUGACUCGUCGAUUGGUUCAGUACGUUCGCAGUAAUCUGUACAUGCUUUUAAAGUUCACUUUAGAAGUACUACGAUCAGUUUUGCCGUAUGUUAUAGUUUAAAGUUUUUAUUUUCUGAUAACACAGGAAUCUGGUACUUAUAGUUUCACUUAAUUAUAGGAUUUAGAAAAUGAUAUGUCUAAGCGAUUUAAUGAACGUGAUGUUUUUGAACAAGCUAGAAUGAUAUUUUUUUUUGUAACAUAAUAUGAGCGAUCUUCAAAGGUAGUCCUGUAAGAUUUCUAUUAGUAUAGUUCUUAUGGCAUAGCUUUUAAUAUUAUUUAUAUCUGUAGUAAGUGGUGCCAAAGCGCUGGCCGUAAAAGCUUGAAAUUGACGUUCAAUAAAAAG